AAAUUGCUCACCCAGAAAAGGGAGGAGCUUCUCACUAUUGGGUUCAUCCAUUCACACUGCUUAGUUGUGUUGACUGUGCGUCGUCGGUAGUUUUCUAUUACCCAGUGCCUAAUUUCUUUAAUUUGGUCCGCUUUUUUGUUGCAACACACAUUCCUGUUCGUUCCACAUUGCUGGUGUGCCUUCUGCCGCGAUGUCUUCGACGGUGGAAAAGAACGAGUACCCGAAAGCAUCCAAUGCACUGGUGCUGGGUGCAGUGUUGUCGUACGUCGCGGCCGUAUUUCUGCUAAUGAGCUUCUGCUCACCGUACUGGAUCGUAUCGUACCCGGAGUCGUUCAGCAGCUUCAAAAACAUGGGCCUGUGGGAGUACUGCUUCCGUGACUUUACCUACCCGUACUACCAAUUCCCCAAGCAGUUCAACGGUUGUCAUCAUAUUUUCAGCGAGGAGUACUACGUCAUCAGGGAGUACCUGCUGCCGGGAUGGUUAAUGGUGGUGCAAGGAUUCGUCACCAUUUCCUUUCUGUUCACGUUCGGGUCGCUGAUUAUCAUGGCAUGCGAGAUCGUCAGGUGGCCACUGAAGUUUGUGCUGCGCUACGAAUGGUUGCUAAGCAGCAUUUCGUUCGCCGGGAUAGCAUCCUCAUCUUUCUUCAUGUUCUUAGCAGUGGCCAUCUUUGGAGGAAAUGCAUAUCGGCGCGAUUGGCUCAUGUACCCAAAGUUCAACGUGCUUUCGUGGUCGUACGAGCUGGCCGUCGUUUCGUUUAUGAUUCUCGCUUUGGCCGCUCUGCUCCUGUACAAGGAAUCGCGCAAAUCGUACGAAAUGCGUCGCGAGGCAAAGAAUUUGGUCAUGCAGAUGCAAAUGCACGAACCGGGCUACCAUCCAUCGCACCAUACUAGCCGAAGUCUGCACAGCGGUGGUUAUAUCUAAGUGGAACCGCCACUCGCGUACACUAUCCAUCCAUAUCUGAUCGGUGUUCUACCUCUUGCGAAAACAGAAAAGAUUCCACAAAAUCAUAUCGACUUGUAUGUCUGUACUAUUGUGCACAUAGCUGAAAGUACCGUACGGUUUUUUGCACAACUAUACUGAAUUUUUGUAGUAAUCUCAUCCCCCUUUUCUCAACAAGUGCCCGACCAAUUGGAAUACUUCACAAGCAUCAUCGAACACGCCGUGGCCUUAUAUUAACUGUCCUUUUCGCAGAAAUCACGAAGCAUAGCUAAAUCACACUCCCCAAAAGGAGCAAGUGCCUCGAUGUAAUACAAAAAACGUACGAAAAAGCAAAUUAUACAUCGUCUAACCAUGUAACUGAAAUCGUAACUAUACGUGCAACUCGUAUCGUAAACCGUACACAAUCGUACGAAUGCUUAUAAGCGUAGCUAUCGGUACAUCCGUCCGUCCGUAGAUCUGUGUAUCUAAAUGUAUUUGUAGAGUUUAGGCAUUUUUUGAUGGUUUUACAUUCUAUUUUUUUUAAACUACAUUCUUUGUUGUAUAAAAAAAAGACACACCGGUUCUUAGUUUGUAAGCGUAAAUCGAGAAAGUAUUUUCGUUGGGUACAAAGCUUGCCCUUUCUUUCAACACAGAAUUUAGGUGAACCGUGUAAAGGGUAGGACAUCAUUGAAGAGCUAACUAAUCUCAAUUUUAUAUACAUAUGUAUUCUUUCUGCCGUCCAAUUUAACUUUAACUUGCUUUAAGUUUAGUAGCAACAAAAGCGACAACACAUUCCAUCAGCCUCAGUUCGUGGAGCAAACGAUGAACAUUUUGUUUUAAUAGAUCUGUUCUUUGAAAUGCACACGUAGGAACGGAAAAAAGGCACGAUUUAAAACGCGACAGCACAUCGAAAGAUGAGCUCCGACCAGAGCGCAGGGUAGUAAUGAUUGUUGUAUUCGAAAUAAAACUUUGAUAAAUAAAUGUAAA